UAUCGGUGAAUAAACUUCCUGGUAGGCCCUAAAUAAGUUUACAAUUAUAAUGCACAACGGCCUCAUUUAACAGUGUAAUAUAUCAAUUCAGCAUUGUCUACAAAUUAAGGACGGAUUUGACACUAUGAACGUGGUCUUGUGACAUUUAGUCACACCAGGAACAUCUUAAACCACCGUAUUAUGUGUUGGAGGGACUGGACUAUUCCACAGAUCGGCUGUUAAAACACCCCCCGCAGAUCGACAGUUGUUACGUACUUUUCAGUGGGGCUAGUGCACCCAAACUGCCGACAGUUACUAGGCACAAAUACCACUGGAAGACACAGAUGAGAAAAUGACAGAAGUAGCACCACAACCAGAGGAUGGCCGUGACCUCAAGGGUGCGUUGCUUUUUUCCUUACGUGAUAAUAAACCAAAGGAGGCGAUCAAGCUACUAAAAGAAGGCGCCGGUGUAGACUUCCAAGACCAGACCGGAUGUCUUCCAUUACAUUAUGCAGCACAGAAAGGUUAUACGGACAUCAUAGAACUACUGCUUGAAAAGGGGGCCAAGACGUACGCAUGGGAUAAUAACGGUCAGACAGCACUCCACAGGGCUGCCAUGCAGGGACACGUGCUCGCCAUAGUUACCCUCGUCGCUAGGGGCGCUAGAGUAGAUAUAAUUGACAGGACUGGGCGGCUUGCACUGGAGUAUGCUGUAAGGAACAAACAUGUUGCCGCCGUGGAGCUGUUGUGUCAAUUUGGAUCAGAGCCACUUCUCUUAGACUGGUCAUGGAUACAAGAUCGAGACCUCAAGAAAAAAGCCGACCUGUUUGCAAUUGCUAAAAUUCUAAAGCAGCAGCUCAUGUGCAUGUCUGGAUAUAAACAUGGAGCGAUACGGUUCGAUGUGGCAGUGAUCGCCCCAGGGGAGGUAUUGGUAACACUUGAGAAAACGGGCGUGGAUGUGAAAGUGCCUGAGGGUCAGGGACUAUACGUCUUGUAUCUGAGCCAGACAGAGGAAGCGUACGGCAACCCACCAACACUUGACACGGAAGAGAAGGCGUUCGGACAUCUACUUGAAUGUCAGACAUGGGGGGCCAAGAACAAGACCAUCACCCUUACACUAACCGUUCAUCGAGCUCUCCGGAAAAAUGAGGAAGUUGUCCUUCGGCCAGCGACAAAAACGGGCGGCAUUGACAACGUGGAAGCAGUCGAGAUCGAGGGAACAGAGGUGACGAAGGUGACACUUACCGUUCCAAUCACGUCUUCUGGUAUUUACCGAUUUGCCAUGGCAACACGGGAGAAGAAGGAAGUUUUAAAAAUCUCUAAUGAGGCGGUUAUACUCAAACCAGAUGUGGAACCAGAAGCGGAAAUAGAUAUCCCUGCUAACACGUUCAAAUCCGGGGAAUUGUUAAUAAAGUUUGUUGAUACCUCUGAAGCAAAUGAGGAAUUCAAGGAAAGCGAAGAGGCAGGACAAUCUUCAGAAGGUCCAUUGUUGAUGACGAGCGUCCUUGACCUCACGACCACUGAUGGUCAACAACCGAGCAACGACAUUCAGAUGAAAAUACCAGUGAAGACUGAAGACCAAUCGGAAGGAUUUGUCGUGCUGACGACAUCAGAUCCGGACCCAAAUCUGGAUGAAUGGACGUGGGAAAGUAUCCCUGCAGAAAUAGAUGGCGCUGGCAAGGCUGUGUUCACCAUAAGUCACUUUUCAAUAUUUGCGGGAGCUGCAAAGAUGAAAGUUAUUGAAGAUAAAAAAUCUGUAGAGGGUGCGAUUCGACAAUCCUACCUAAAAAUGAGGAAAAUUCAUUUCUUGGUGAUGGUAAACAAACCACAGCCAAAUACAACCAAAACUGAUAUGAUCAUAAUAUGCGGUACACAACGUAAAACCAAAUUGGCCAGGAAAAAGUUAAAACGGACAUAUGAGUGUUUUGAUUCUGGGAAGGACUUAUUCGAGGUUCCGGAGGGACAGUGCUUCCAGGUACUUUUCCAAGGCGCUGUAAAGGAGACCACUAGUGAUGAAAAUAUGACGAUACUUUUCAAGAGCAGCGACACUGCUAGUACCAGGUCCUUUGAUAUUAUGAGCACUGACGCUGACAUUCAUGAACUGAACGGUUCAGUGGAGAUACUUACAGUGAACAAGUUUUACUCCGAGGUCGAGGAAGUGAGACCGGUCGGUAGUCUCUGCUUCAAAUCUAUGAAGACAGUAAAGGUUAAAUCCAAAGAUUACGACACAAGGACAGCAUCCAUGGUAACUGUACCAUUCAACGUGAGGCUGGCUAGAUUGGAUUCAGUCGAUGAAGAUGAUGAAUCAAACACAAUGGAUGAGUUCGAACGAAAAGACAAAUGUAUUAUCCCUGCCUUGAAGUGGAAGAAUCUGCGCGAGACAAUGAAGGAGCUGUCGACAGAAGAAGCCCUACAAUUAGGAUCGCAGCUAGGAAUCAAGGCAGAUGUAAUGAAUGAGAUUCGGGAACAGACCUCUGACACCGACCUCGCCUUUGCCUUUAUUCGCAAAUGGCGACUAAAGCUGCCGGGUAGCCAUCAGGCGGACCAGCUAAAGAAUGCAUUGAUAGCCAUCGGUAAAGAGCGAAUUGCCGAACGGAUGUCGAGUCAGGGAUUAGAGGAGCAGCGCGACAAGGGCGGAGAUACAUCGGAGGACGAGGAGUGAUUCAUUUUUGUGAGCAAGAGGACUUUUAUCAUCGACGCAGGAAGGUAGUGAUCUUGUCACAUGAUGGAUUGAGCGUGUCGUCGUAUUGAAAGGGAAAAAAGUUUGUUGUUAGAGAGUGAGGUGAAUGAGUUUGUUGUAAGAGAGCCAGUUAAGUGAGUUUUCUGCAAGAGAGCGAGUUAAGUAUAGUUUGCUGUAAGGGAGCGGGGUUAGUGGAGUUUGUGGUAAGAGAGCGGGGUAAACCAGUUUGUUGUAAAAGAGCGAGUUAAGUGAGUGUUCUGAAAGGGAGCGAGGUUGGUGAAGUUUGUGGUUGUGGUUUGUUGAAAGUGAAAUAAGUGCAUUUUCUGUACGAGAACGAAGUAAGUUUGUCAUUAGAGGGAGGUGAAAAAUGUUGUUGCAAGAGAACGAGGUAAUAGGUUUUUUUUGUAAAAAAUGUUUUUAUAAGAGGCCAAGAGUAUGUGUUUAGUAAAGAGAGUGGAGGAAAUUAGUUUGUCGUAAGAAGGCAAGCAGAAUGUAUGUAUUUUUGGAAUAAGUGAUUGCAUCUAGUUAGUGUGUUGAGAGUUUUAUAAUAUUGCAAGAAAUAGAGGCGAUUGAAGUAAGGUAUUUUUUAGAGAUUAAGGCGUGUAAGGAAAACGAGCCUUUUUAAUAACGCGUCGAGCGUGUCUAAUGCCAGAAUGGCAAGUUGAUUAAUUUGUUGUAAUGAGGCAAAGGUAUUGAGUUUGACGUAAACGGGUGAAUGGGGGAGUUUGUCGGAAGAGAAUGUGGGGAUUAAACUUCUUGUAAUUAGCGAUAGAAUUGAGUUUGUUAUAAGAGAAACAAAAGGACGAUUUUGUUAUCUGAGGGCAAGAGUAUUUAUUAAGUUUUAAGGUAGGGAGGGUCAGUGGAAGUCAAUCUAUAAAGAUGUGAGAGGGUAAGGGAGACUUUGUAAGAGAGAAAAAAAGGAAGCGUUUGAUUGAAAAGGGUAUAAGGGUGUGAGUUUGUUUGUUUGACUGUCUUCGAAGGGCGAAAGGGAAGGGAAAGUUUCGCAGGAGGCUAAACGAUGGGAGUUGAAGGGACUUGUAUCACACAGAUCGUCAAUAAAAAAGUUGGCUUUCACUUUCAAUUAUCACAGUGGAGGUCUGAACUGUGUCGUUCUGCCAGUCUGAAUCGUAGUUCCAUUAGUCUUUGUAGUUUUUCAAGGGUUCGGUGUUGUAUCAAAUAGUUUCUUUAUUAAUGAUGAAGACAUUUGCUUUUUGAGGCUAGGGGCUCAUAAUUAUAAAUGGGGGGGGGGG